AUGAACUACCCCGUCGUCAGAACUGCAUCUCCUUACCCAGAUCCCUCAGUCAAAGGCCCAAGAAUCCUGAUUCAACAGUCCAGAUCUGUUUUGCGCAAGAUGAUUUCAAGUAACGUCAAUAAAACUGCUUUGCACCCUAGCGGUGUUCAGCCUCACCACCAACAUACUGAGCUCGAGGAAGAGCUGCACGAGACUGCUCACAUUGACUACGACCGAGUUGCAAUUAUUCCCAACCCCUCAGUUGCUGCUCUUUACGAAGAUGCCCUCGUCUACGAAACUGGUUCCGCCAUCACCUCUAGCGGUGCCUUGACUGCCUACUCCGGCAAAAAGACUGGCCGCUCACCCCUUGACAAGCGAAUUGUCAAGGAGCCUUCAUCAGAAGACGAUAUCUGGUGGGGACCCGUCAAUAAGCCAAUGAGUCCUGAGGUCUGGCAAAUUAACCGUGAGCGUGCUGUUGACUACCUCAACACUCGUAAUCGCAUCUAUGUGGUUGAUGGCUACGCUGGCUGGGACGAGAAGUAUCGCAUCCGCGUCCGCGUUAUUUGCGCCCGUGCCUACCACGCACUUUUUAUGAGAAAUAUGCUCAUCCGCCCUCCUCGCGAAGAGCUUGAGCACUUCCACCCCGACUACACCAUCUACAAUGCUGGCUCCUUCCCUGCCAACCGUUACACAGCGGGCAUGACCUCUCCUACCUCGGUCGCCAUCAACUUCUCCCAGAAGGAGAUGGUUAUCUUGGGCACCGAGUACGCUGGUGAGAUGAAGAAGGGCGUUUUCACUGUUCUCUUCUACGAGAUGCCCAUCAAGCACAACGUCUUGACUCUGCACUCCUCUGCCAACGAGGGCAAGAAUGGAGAUGUCACGCUCUUCUUUGGUUUAUCUGGCACUGGCAAGACUACCUUGUCAGCCGACCCCAAUCGCGCUCUGAUUGGUGAUGAUGAGCACUGCUGGAGUGACCGUGGUGUUUUCAACAUUGAGGGAGGUUGCUAUGCUAAGUGCAUUGGCCUGUCCGCCGAGAAGGAGCCAGACAUCUAUGGCGCCAUACGAUAUGGCUCCGUCCUGGAGAAUGUGGUAUUCGACCCCGAGACUCGUGAUGUCGACUACGACGACGCGACGCUCACCGAGAACACCCGAUGUGCCUAUCCCAUUGAAUACAUCCAAAACGCCAAGAUUCCUUGUCUGUCAGAGAACAUGCCAACCAACAUCAUUCUCCUCACAUGCGACGCCCGCGGGGUCCUGCCCCCCAUCUCCAAGCUCGACCGCGCUCAGACCAUGUUCCACUUCAUUUCAGGCUACACCUCCAAGAUGGCCGGCACCGAGGAUGGCGUUACAGAACCCCAGGCCACCUUCUCCAGCUGCUUUGCUCAGCCUUUCCUCGCUCUGCACCCCAUGCGUUAUGCCAAGAUGCUGGCUGAUAAGAUUGAGCAGCACAAAGCAAACGCUUGGCUCCUCAACACUGGCUGGGUUGGUGCUGGCUUUGCUCACGGUGGCAAGCGAUGCCCUCUCAAGUACACUCGUGCUAUCCUCGACGCGAUCCACUCUGGCGAGCUCGCUCAGGUCGAGUAUGAAAACUAUGGCGUAUUCAAUCUCCAGGUUCCCAAGACGUGCCCCAAUGUCCCCGAAGACCUGCUCAACCCUGAGAAGGCAUGGACUGCUGGUGCCGAGAGCUUCCAGAAUGAAGUUGUAAAGCUAGGGAAGCUCUUCCGCGAAAAUUUCAAAAAGUACGAAAGCGAAGCCACCCAGGAUGUCGUCAAGGCUGGCCCUGCCAUAUAG